AUGGAGGAUGGAGCUGCGAGCCGUCACCCCAAAGCAUGCAUAACCUGUGCCAAGGCCAAAGUACGAUGUUUCCCGGAAACUGAUGGUCCUUGUAGACGUUGUCGUCGCUUGGAAAAAGAAUGUGGAAAUCAGGUGCCCGGAGCCCAUCGUCGUGAGAAAAAAUCAGUCGCAAGUAGCUCAGGUGUUGCCGCACUCGAGGCUAAAUUAGACCGCAUGGUCGCUAUGCUGGCCGCCUCGGAACGAAAUGCCAGAGAACGGGUAGAGAGUGGCCCGGCAACGAGAUCAUCGUCUACGGUUGAAGGCAACCCCGCUGCUCCUGAUGAAGCCGAAGGCCAGCUAUUGAUGGAAGUGUUCUUCAAGAGAAUGUCCCCUCUCUUUCCCUUUCUCAUGAUUCCUCCACAUAUCACUGCGGAGCAACUGCGCCGAGAGAAACCAUUCCUCUAUCUAAAUAUUUCAAUGGUCGCGUGUCAAAACGCUCCACGUCAGCGAGAACUUGUGGAUGCAGUCAAAGGAUAUGUGGCCGAGCACAUCGUCAUAAGAGAAGAACAUAGCCUGGAUCUGCUUCAAGGGCUUCUUAUCAAUGUGGCUUGGUUCAUUUCAGUCAGUCGUUUCCCGCGGCCCAGGGCACACCUCCCCGAUGUGCUCAAAGUGGAAGAGGAGCCUCACCAUGUUGUUCGAAGCACUGCCCAUCUCGAUACAUUUGUGCACUUGCUCGUGGCGCAAUCCUUCAGUUUGGGCCUAAAUCAAGUGAAUUACCAGAAAAACUUCAAUUAUACUUUGACUUAUUUGAAGGAAGCUAUGAAUGAGGACCCUCAUAAUCCGGUCCGCACACUGGAAGAGCGACGCACCUACCUUGGAUGUUAUUAUCUAACUACCAUACUUUCGACAUGUGUGAAAGAUCUGGGGCCGAUUAUUCGCUUUACAAAAUACACCGACGAAUGUUGCAAUGUUCUGGAACAGCUUGCCGAAUAUCCCACCGAUGCCUCUCUCGUACAGCUAGUCCGAGUGAUGAACAUGGCAGAUAAGAUUCAUUACUCACUAUACAAUACCGACGUUAAUAUUUCAUCAGUUUCAUCAGUACCUCCGCCUCUUGGACUAAGCAUACGAUGGCUUGAGGCUGAGCUUAAGCAACUCAAAGCUCGUCUGCCGAGCGAGUCACCACACUCCCGUGAGUUGUGUUUCCGUUCUUGCGCACAACUUAACAAUGAUCUGACGACAACAGCCAUUCUGCAGCUUCAUUACAACACACUCGAGAUACAUCUUUAUCGAAUAGCUCUCAACAAUGAACCCUCCAAGUCCAACUAUGGUGAUCAUCCUCUCAUGCAAUUGGAUCUCCUUUUCCGCUGCCUGGAAGCGACAAACUCCUUUUUCCAAAACAUCUUCUCUCUCCCAUCCGCGCUUUUCCCUUUCUUCCCUUUCACCAUAAUGUGUCAAUUCGGAAAGGCAGUCGUCACUCUCUCCCAGCUUUCUCUUUACGACCAUCCAGGAUGGGACCGAGCAUACGUGGAAAGCAUAUUAGACUUCGAUCAGACCAUCGAUCGUAUGGUUUCCAAGCUCGAAGAAGAACUUCCAUUUUUCGAACAGCCUCUGGGACAAGAUUCCACCACGCCUACUGAAUUACCGGAGAUGUUUGGAAGGAUGAGAAAUCGCGCGAAAAUGAUUAAAAAGAUGCAUCGGCGGAGGAAAGAUGCACUGGAACGAAACUCCCUGCCCACCACUGGCGCCUCGAUGGACUACGACUUCAUGAUGGAUUGUCCCCUCGAUAUGAUGUUUCCUUUUGGUGAAAUACCACCGAUUUAUGGGGAAUAUACGUAG